UCUGCCAGCUAGAUACUUCAAAAUUUGAAAACUGCUGCGUUUUCACCAGAAAUUAAUUGCACGUUUGACCUCUAACCCAGAUCCUCAGAAAACUCUUUCCAAUUCUUAGAAAGAUGAAUUACCUGCGAAGACGCCUCUCUGACAGCAGUUUUGUAGCAAACUUGCCGAAUGGUUACAUGAUGGACCUGCAGCGUCCCGAUAGUUCGACCAGCUCACCAGUGUCCCCAGCCACAGAGCGCCGUCAGCCACCAGCUCCCUCGACAGGCUCCACCAUUCUCAGCUCCAUCUCCAAUGCUGUGAAGCAGACAACAGCAGCUGCUGCGGGACUGGUGGAACAAACAGGAGCUGCACCCAUAGCUGGACCCACAGCUCCUAUCGUACGGAAACCAAAGAUCCUGUUGGUUAUUGAUGACCCGCACACUGACUGGUCCAAAUAUUUCCGUGGUAAGAAGGUCCUGGAUGAAUAUGAGAUCCGUUUAGAACAGGCAGAGUUCUCGGAGUUGAAUCUGGCGGCGUACGUAAAUGGGGGAUGUAUGGUUGACAUGCAGCUGAUGCGGAAUGGAACUAAAGUCGUCAGGUCAUUCAAACCAGACUUUGUUGUCAUUCGCCAGCAUGUGUAUAACAUGGCUCACGGUGAGGACUACCGUAAUCUCAUCAUUGGCUUCCAGUACGGCAGAGUGCCUUCGCUGAAUUCUCUUCAAUCGAUCUAUAAUUUCUGCAACAAGCCUUGGAUGUUUUCACAGCUGAUAAAGAUCUCCCAAACCUUGACACCUGCCAAGUUCCCACUCAUCGACCAGACAUUCUUCCCCAACCACAGAGAAAUGCUAACUAUUCCCAAAUUCCCCGUGGUUGUGAAGAUGGGACAUGCUCAUGCAGGCAUGGGUAAGGUAAAAGUUGAAAAUCACUAUGAUUUUCAGGAUAUCGCCAGUGUUGUGGCCCUCGCAAAAACUUAUGCAACCACUGAACCUUACAUUGAUUCCAAGUACGACAUCAGAAUUCAGAAGAUUGGAAAUAAUUAUAAAGCUUACAUGAGAACUUCAAUUUCAGGAAACUGGAAAGCAAACACUGGCUCUGCCAUGCUGGAACAAGUGGCCAUGACGGAACGCUAUCGAAUGUGGGUGGAUGCCUGUUCUGAGAUGUUUGGUGGCCUGGACAUCUGUGCAGUAAAAGCUGUACAUGGGAAAGAUGGGAAAGAUUAUAUCAUUGAGGUAAUGGACAGUGCCAUGCCAUUGAUUGGAGAAUACAUUGAGGAAGACAGGCAAUUAAUAGCAGACUUGGUCAUCGAGAAAAUGAACCAGCUUCUAUCAGAGAAUCCUGCAGCAUCGCAGCAAAGAGUUGGAAUGACACUGAGCCAGGUUCAGCCUCAGUCAACAAAAACACAAGUGCAUCCUGUGCCAGGAGCCGCUUCCCAGUGGGGCCAGCAAGGCCAAGCUCGCCCAGCACCUCAAGGAAGCCCACGACAACCCCAAAGUCCUCAGAUUCAGCGUUCCAACACAGUGCCUCAUCAAAGGCCUUCUCCACAGGGCCAGCAACCCCAAAGUCCUCAGUCCAGCACAAAUCAGCAAGAGAAAUCUCCAAGUUCGGGUUCUCCAAAACAGGUCAAAUCAGCAGGCACCUCUCCUAAUCAGUCAUACAAGCCUGGAGCUUUCUCUGCACAGCCAUCAAGGCCUCCUGCUCCAGGCCAAGCCCCUUCACAACCAAGAUCUGGGGGAACAAACCUGCAGCAACAGAGCACAGCACCACCACAGCCACUGCUCAACAAAUCACAGUCAUUGACAAACAGUUUCAGUGUUACAGAAUCCUCUCAGCGUACUGGCACCAACGAAGAUGAAGCAAAAGCAGAAACAAUUCGGAACCUAAGGAAGUCCUUUGCGAGCCUCUUUUCUGAUUAACUCUUUACAGUAUUCUCAUUGAGUUAAUAUAAUAGGUUAAACUGGAAACUUGGUAAGAGCUCAGAUGGAAAUAACUGGAAUAUGAGGUGCACACUCCCUCACUUGAUCAAUGGAUAGUGCAUUUCCCUUUGUGGAUAACAAGCUGUAAAAUGAGGUAUUGUUUUCCAACUUGGCCAAGAGGCAAAACAAAAUUCCUGCUAUACCAGGUGUGUGCAGAUGUAAGUGUAUGUGACGUGAAUAACUGUGCACUUUAUCUCUCAAAGCAGCUUUGUUGAGUGUUGUAUCGAAUGCUGUAAUCAGAGAAUCAUCAUUUAUUUGGAUUUUAAAAGCUGUACAAAAUGAACUAGACACUAUUCCCUGACCACACAACCAGUACAUCCAUCCAAUCUAAUUCACCAUGGAAAAACCCACGCCCUCCACCAGUACGUGGGAUACACCUGUAUCCCCCACACAGAUGACCUAAAAGCCUUCUGCUUCUUCCUCUCCUACAGGCCCAACCAGUCACCGUUCACCCCCCUACACCCCCAGACCCCACCGAUACCUUCAACUUUUUCUUUUAACUCAUCCCACUUCCUACAAACUAAACAGGUGACUAGGUGACUAUGGGCACCUGUAUGAAUCCAAGCUAUGCCUGCCUCUCCAUUGGAUAUGUGGAACAGUCCCUCUGCCGCUGUUACGCUGGCACCAUCUCCCACCUCUUCCUUUGUUGCAUUGAUGACUGUAUCGGCGCUGCCUCGUGCUCGUGUGGGGAGCAUGAACAGUUCAUCAACUUUACUAACACCUUUCACCCCAACCACAAAUUCGCCUGGACCAUAUCUGGUACCUCCCUCCCUUUCCUGGACUUCUCUGUGUCCAGGAGCCAUCUCAGCACCGACAUUAUUCCAAACCCACCAAUUCCCUUAGCUACCUUGACUACACCUCCUCUCACCCAUGCUCCUGCAUGAAUGCGAUCCCAUACUCCCAAUUCCUCGUCCUCCACCCCAUCUGCUCCAAAGAUGGGGUGUUCCACUUCCAGAUGCCCUCCUACUUAAACGACCGCAACUUGCCCUCAAUCGCAUUUCUUGCGUUUCCCGCACCUCUGCCCUCAAACACCCUCUCUGCAACAAAUAUAAGGGACUGAGUCCCCCGAUCCUCACAUACCACCCCACCAACCUCCACAU